CCUCCGGCGAAAUCAGUCUGACAAGCAAAAUCACGCUACAGUUCUGCGCGGAGGAAGACAAGAAUGGUGAGGCAAAACGACGACGAAUUGAGCUGCCAGAAAUACGGCGUCCCCUUCUAUGGCGCGGCGUGGGUUCCGCCCUCCGCCGCCGUGAAAGAAGACAAAUCGGAAUCUCCCGCGGCUAUUCGCCAUGUUGUCCUCGCCGGCGGCGGUGGCGAGGGUUCCAGUGGAAUACCGAAUGCUUUCCUUGUCACGGCCUUCGAUUUGGAAUCCAAUUCCCUCUCUAAUCCGCCGGUAGCAAAACUUGGAACUGCCAGUGAUCUGCCAUACAGAAUUGCCGUACAUCCUGGAUCAGAAGGCAUUGUUUGUUCAUUUCCCAAGAGUUGCAGGUUGUUUCAGUGGGAUUCUGGCACAAACACGGAUGAACCUGCUUUGAGUUUGAUACCAUCGGAAAGAGUCCUUGUGCAAUUGGAAGAUGUUGGGCAGCAAUUGUCUUCGACUUUUAAUGAUGAGGGGAACUUAUUUGCUGUUGGUGGUGAGGAUGGCAAGCUUAGGGUUUUUAAGUGGCCGAUCAUGGAAUGUAUUCUCAACGAGGACAAUGCUCAUACUUCUGUGAAGGAUUUAGAUUUCAGCUCGGACGGGAAGUUUCUUGUUUCUGUGGGAAGUGGCCCUGGAAGGAUUUGGGAUAUUACGACUUCAGCAUCUUUGGCAACUCUACCUAAGGAAAAUGAUGAGAUUUUUGGCUUCUGUCGAUUCUCACGAGCUGCUGAUACAGAUCAGAUUCUGUACACGACAGCGAUGAGAGAUAAAGGUGGCAGUAUUGUGAAGUGGAACACUAAUACCUGGAGAAGGAUAAGUUCAAGUCACAUUGUCAGAGAUCCCAUUUCUGCUUUUAAUGUGUCCCCUGACGGAAAGCUCCUUGCGAUCGGGACAAUUCAAGGGGAUGUCUUUAUUAUACGCUCUGCUGGCAUGCGGGUGCACACUGUUGUCAAGAAAGCGCAUCUGGGCCUCGUAACAGCGUUAGCAUUUUCACCAGAUUCAAGGGCCUUGCUGUCGGCUUCCUUGGAUUCCAGUGCUAGGGUGACGUUGAUCAAGGAUAAGAAGCAAGGAGGAACAAACCUGUGGGUUAUUCUCCUCAUCAUUCUACUUGCCAUAGCUUCUUAUUACGCUAAAACCAAAGAACUCUUGCCCCUGAAGCUUUGAUCUUCACAAAUGCUAUUGUGUUGCCAUAUCUGCAGGUUACAACACAUCUCUUGCUCUAGAAAUACUUUUUUGAUUAAGGUUGAUACAUGCUCAUUAAAGAAUGUAUAAAUACGAUUUACGACAUACGCUUUUAAUUCUCUUGUAUACUGUGAUUUUUUCUUUAAGUAUAAAAUGAUCAAAAUGUGACAAUUAGCUUCAA